CUGACAACGUCAUUGAUUGCCAGCCCCCCGCCUCCUCCAGGCAGAUGGAAAAGUCCUUAUAAUAAGAAGGUCCCUGGCUGUGUGUCUCCUCCUCCCCAUCUCGCUGGGGCUCCACCUUAUCCAAACAAGUCCGUGCUGUUCACUGAUCUGUUCAGCACCGGGGACAGCUACCUCCAGACACACAAAGGGACUGGGAUCAGCGAUCUUCUGCAUAGUGGUCCUCAACAUAGUGGUCCUCAACAGUGAUCCUCAGCAGUGAUCCUCAACAUAGUGAUCCUCAGCAGUUAUCCUCAACAUAGUGAUCCUCAGCAGUGAUCCUCAACAUAGUGAUCCUCAACAAUAAUCCUCAACAUAGUGAUCCUCAACAUAGUGGUCCUCAGCAGUGAUCCUCAACAUAGUGAUCCUCAGCAGUGAUCCUCAGCAGUGGUCCUCAGCAGUGAUCCUCAACAGUGAUCCUCAACAUAGUGAUCCUCAGCAGUGAUCCUCAACAGUGAUCCUCAACAGUGAUCCUCAACAUAGUGAUCCUCAGCAGUGGUCCUCAGCAGUGAUCCUCAACAUAGUGAUCCUGAGCAGUGGUCCUCAACAUAGUGAUCCUCAGCAGUGGUCCUCAGCAGUGAUCCUCACUAUAGUGAUCCUCAGCAGUGAUCCUCAGCAGUGAUCCUCAUCAUAGUGGUCCUCAGGAUUCAGUCUCUUCCUUGCCAGCCAUUGACUGCCAGGCUUACAGGAGGGGAGAGAAGAACUCUGGGCAGGAGAGACAAGCUCCAGAAUGAGCCAGGAGCGUAGAUCUGCCGAGUUUGCAUCUGAGCAGACAACGCAUUCAACAAUCUUGCCGGAGUCCCAUCAGAAUGGCACAGAUAUAUCAACCAAGCAUAAUGUUUUCUCCGACAUGAAGGACAAAUUUAUGAAUGAACUGAGCAAACUACCAAUUCCUCCAUGGGCUCUGGCUACCAUUCUGAUUGUGGCCGGCCUGCUUCUGCUGUGCUGCUGUUUCUGUAUCUGUAAGAAAUGCUUUGGGAAAAAGAAGAAAGGGAAAAAAGGUAAAGACAAGGUCAAGGCCCAGAUUAACAUGAAGGAAGUAAAAGACUUGGGAAAGAGUUACAUUGAUAAGGUGCAGCCAGAUGUGGAGGAUUUGGAUCCCUCUCUGUUAGAUGAAGGCAAAGAAGAGAAGCCUGAGGAGAAACUCGGAAAGCUGCAGUAUUCCUUGGAUUAUGAUUUCCAAAAUGGGCAGUUAGUUGUGGGACUUAUACAGGCUGCAGAUCUUCCAGCAUUGGAUAUUGGUGGAACAUCUGAUCCUUACGUCAAAGUUUUUCUUCUCCCAGACAAAAAAAAGAAGCAUGAAACGAAAGUACAUCGCAAGACUCUCAACCCAACGUUUAAUGAAACUUUCACAUUUAAGAUCCCCUAUGCAGAGCUGGGAGGUAAGACAUUAGUGAUGUCAGUAUAUGAUUUUGACCGGUUUUCAAAACAUGAUGCCAUCGGAGAGGUCCGGGUACAUAUGAACACUAUUGAUCUGGCUCAUGUCAUUGAGGAGUGGCAGGACCUUCAAUCAGCAGAAAAGGAAGAGCAAGAGAAGUUGGGAGACAUCUGCUUCUCUCUGAGAUACGUGCCCACAGCGGGCAAGCUCACUGUGAUUGUGCUGGAGGCCAAGAACCUGAAGAAGAUGGAUGUAGGAGGACUUUCUGAUCCAUAUGUGAAGAUUCAUCUCAUGCAGAAUGGCAAGCGAUUGAAGAAGAAAAAGACCACAAUUAAGAAAAACACCUUGAAUCCCUACUAUAAUGAAUCAUUCAGCUUUGAAGUUCCUUUUGAACAAAUCCAGAAAGUACAAGUGGUCCUCACGGUGCUUGAUUAUGACAAGCUUGGCAAAAAUGAAGCUAUUGGAAAGGUCUUUGUUGGCUGCAAUGCUACAGGAACUGAGUUGCGUCAUUGGUCUGAUAUGUUAGCCAAUCCAAGAAGGCCAAUUGCUCAGUGGCACACUCUACAGCCAGAGGAGGAAGUGGAUGCUUCCCUUGGACUGAAGACUUCAUGAUGGCACUUCUUCUGUUUGAAUUAGUGGGAGUGUAUGUGGGUGCUUGAUGGUGCUUCUGCAAGCACAGCUCCACGUGCCACUGUGUGUAUAUACCUGUUCAAAGCUGUAGCUGUGAAAUAGCUUUGAGAAACCUCCUGUUUUUUGUGGUUAUUUGUAAAUUACUAAAAAUAUUUAUAGGACUUGGCCAAGAGGCAGUAUCCUUUUUCAAAAUAUCUCAGCUGGUUAAUAUUAAAAUUAAAAAUACUUGAACUGAUAACUUAAAAGUAAUCUUUUCUUAUAGGUUAUAAAGCAUAGAAGCACCGGUAUGGUUCCUGUAUGCAUUUUUACAACUAAUUUUUAGAAAUUUUUAAUUUUCACCGAAAUAGCAUUAAAAACUUUGCCUUAGAAAGCUUACAGGUGAAGGAAAUAUGUAACUUUUAGAUACGUUUAUUUGUUAAGAAUGAUCAGGGACACAAAGGAUAUUUGAGAACAGAUUUUGUGAAGAUUGUUCUUCCCGAAAUUCAGACAGGUUAGGGGAUACUUUUACCUACAACAAUACAGCACCCUGAUGGGAUUUGGCAUGAACCAUGAAAAAAAAUCUCUUAGAGAUCAGAAUUGACUGUCUGUUUUUGUAUACUGUAUCACUUGAACUCAGAAUUUCAAGGCGCAUACCAAAAUGGAGGACCAAAAUAUAUUCCUUGAUGGAAAACAAUCAAUCCAAAGUGGAUAUGUCAUCCCCGUAUGAUAUUAACAUCUUGAAAAAAGUAGACUUUGCUAAUCUGUUUACCCAUAAAAUAAAAUAAAUAUGCUUUUACUGUAGUUAGACAUGUAUUGGUUGAAUUUGGCGUCUUAUGUCCCUUGGCCAAGAUAUAGACAGCAGCAAGAUUUCCCUAGUGAAGGUAUGAAAUACUUUUCCAUUUUGGCGUCUUUUUUCUUGCUGUCAUUGGCAGGAUUCUCAGUUUUGCAUUUCUGCCACAUUUAGUAAGAAAAACAAAAAAAAAGGAGGGAAAGUAAAGCCGCUUUUAAUGGCCAUGGCAGGUCUGUGGACUUGAGAAGUUAGGAGCACAAGUAUUACCACUGGAAUCUCUCAAAGCCAUAAGACAGGUAUGUGAUUCAACCAACCAACAUCUAUCCAAAACGAAAAUUUAUAUUUUAGCAAACUCUUUCAUUAAUGUUACCAAGAUGUAAAAUAUAAAGCAACUUGUUAUAUUCCCUUAUAUUUAUGUAUUUAUUUCCUUUUGUCAAUGAGAAUAUAGGUUUGACUGAGAAUUAUGUAUGAGAAAAUAAUAAGAUGUUUACAAAAUGCAGUGAUCCUCAGUUACGCAGUGGUGGUAAAAUGUGCAAUUAGUGCACUUUAUCUGAUGUAACUACUUCUCUUUUAUACUGUAUUUUCUACUAUGUUUAUACACUACAAAGAAAGUAGUCAUGUGGGUCAGACAAUCCAAAACUGGUAUAUGGAUAGAUGCUAUUGGGAAGCUUGUUAGCUUUGUGUAUCUUCAGGAUUCGCUGGGGAAGACCUUUUCAAUAGGAGUUCUCAGCUCAAUCCUGCCAUGACCAUUACAGGAGGAUUUUACUCUCCUACUUAGUUAUUGUUACAAUAAGGCAAUUUCAGAAAAAAGAUUGAGGGCACUCCUGCUUCAAAAAUCCAGAAUAUACGACUGGGGGGAGGGGUAGCAAAUCAAUGGACACACUUUAACUGCUACUCACUGCCACUUUUUAAAGUAGUCAGUACUGCCUAAAGAAAUAAUUGGAUGGCCAAUGUGAAAGAGAAAAGGAUCAUGCCUUCUUCUAAAGCCGUCAAGGUUUUCAUUGCAGGGGUGUCACUAUAGCAAACACUUUCCUUCACUUAAAGUGUUACUAAACCCAAGACACUGCAUUCACUAUAUCUGGUCUCCCACAGAACAUGGAAAAGCAAUAGCUUUAGUAAAUAUAAACUGCUAAAUACCCUUUGUCAUCAGCAGUUAGAACAGCCUUUUGACUUCUAUCAUUGUCUGGUUAAAUCUUGUAGAAAGAGUUUUCAUUCUCCCCAAUUGUCCUAUGAGGCUGCAAGACCCCUGACCCUCUGUCUGGACACAAUGUACCUGUGCUGAUCACACGUGUUAGGUUGCUGGUUCAACUAGACCUGGGUUUUAAGGACAAUCUGGAUGUAUGCAAAGUCCCCAAUGCAUUGGUAGUCAGAAACAUCCACACGCACAUAUGGUAUGUCAAAAACUAGACUUUAUUUCUCAUGCGUACUUGGUACAUAAUCAAACCAUACAAGAAGGGAACACCCUUGUCCCAGCCAAUCAUAUCUAAGUUAUUAGAUUAUACAGGUAAUAUUCGUCACAAAUAUAACAAUCUUCUUUGUGCCCUACGGACAUCUCAUUUCUACUGCAGCUUAUCUAAUGUUGAUGUCCUUCGACAUAAUAACAUAGCCAAGGUUCCUGGCUUCUCCUAGAAGCUCAAGGAUACAUUUUAAAUACAUUUUAGGAUACAAGCAUUAAUCACUAAGGGGGAACUCUAACAAGCAUUAUAAUGCAUUAUUAAUAUAGGGGAACUAUAGCUUAUCAAUCAUUGAUAUCUAUGGGGGAACUCUAACCGCCUUUCAACACGCAACACUGCAUAUACAGACUCAUUUUACUAUUGUGGGUUUAGUAACACUUUAACUGCACUUUCCUUUAUAGCAGUCAGUCUUCAAAAGCUUCUUGGUUAAGUAAGUAGGUACUUUGGGCUCAUCUAUAAAUACAAAAGGAAAAAAAAAUGUCUCUAGAACCCUGCUUUCAGCAGGCAGUUUUUGUUGGUCAUUAUUCUCUAGAGUUUUAACACAUGACCUAAUGAACUGUACUUACUUUUAUUUUACAGACUGUCAGUGAUAUUAGGGAGGAAUGUCCAACAAUACAAGUGUUUGCAUAAAGAACUGUGGAAAUGCAAUAAAGACUGCUAGGGCAGCAUAUAAAAUG